AUGCUUCAUCUAAAUUCACCAGAGGGCCCUUCCUCCGGAAACGAAAGCGAGAAUAUCGUAUGGAAAGUACUUGUCUUUGAUAAGUUUGGUCAAGAUAUUAUUUCCUCUAUCAUGCGUGUCAAUGAUCUUCGCGAGAAUGGUGUUACAGUUCAUAUGCUUUUAUCGCAAGAAAGAUCACCUUUGCCCGAUGUUCCUGCUGUCUAUUUUGUAGAACCCACUUUGGAAAACAUCAAAAGGAUAUGCGAGGAUCUAAACCGCAAUUUGUAUGAUUCAUACUAUAUCAACUUUUGUUCAACUGUUCCUCGACAUGUUCUAGAAGAAUUUGCCACUAAAACUAUUACUGAUAAUACCUCAGAUAUGGUCAAUCAAGUCUAUGAUCAAUAUCUCAAUUUCAUUUGUACAAAUCCUAAUGUAUUCUCACUUUAUCAACCACAUGCAUUCAUCAGCUUAAACAACCCUACUGCCACAGAAGCGUUGAUCGAAGAAACUCUUGACAAGGCAGUCAAUGCCCUAUUUUCUGUCAUUGUGACUAUGGGAAAUGCUGCUGAAAGUAUUGCCAUCAAACUGGAUAGCAAAUUACGCGACCAUGUCAUGAACAGCAGAACCAAUUUGUUUUCUUCAGAUGCCAACAGUAAUUUACAACGACCUGUUCUUAUUUUGUUGGAUAGAAGUAUGGAUCUAACACCCAUGUUGGCUCACUCAUGGACAUACGAAGCAUUGGUUCAUGAUGUUCUUUCCAUGAAAUUGAAUCGUGUUACUAUCGAAGAAGGUGAAACUGGAAAGAAACGCAGUUAUGAUCUCGACAGUAAAGAUUUCUUUUGGACAAAAAACGCCUCCAGCCCAUUUCCACAGGUAGCUGAAGACAUUGAUUUUGAAUUAAACAAGUACAAAAAAGAUGCUGCUGAAAUUACAGGCAUGAGUGGCGUCUCAUCUUUAGAAGACGUGAGCCAGGCCGAUAUGUCCUCCAACACUAAAUUAUUAAAAUCAGCCAUUACUGCUUUACCUGAAUUAACAGCAAGAAAGGCUACUUUAGAUAUGCAUAUGAAUGUAGCUACAGCCUUGUUAAACUCCAUCAAGGAUAGACAAUUGGACAGUUUCUUCCAACUUGAGGAAGGCAUUACCAGACUUAACAAGAACGCGUUACUUGAGACUAUUCGAGACGCAGAAAAAAAGAACCCUGAAGACAAAAUGAGAUUGUUCUUGAUCUAUUAUCUAUCAACAGUAGAAGAAAUCCCCAAGGACGAUAUGGAAGCAUAUGAAAAAGCCCUUUCUGAAGCCAAUUGUGACAUGGAACCUUUGAACUAUAUUAAAAAAGUACGUGCAUUAAUGCGUAUGACUUCAAUGAUCUCUUCUGCACCACAACCACAAACUGGAUUCUCACAAAAUGAUUUAUUCCGUGGAUUCAGUAGCAUUGGUAACAAAUUGUCUGAUAGAUUAAAAGAAGGAGCUCUUGGCGGAGGAUUUGAGAAUCUACUUUCAGGUGUCAAAAAUCUACUGCCUACUCGCAAAGAAUUGGUCGUGAGUAGGAUAGUUUCUGACAUCAUGACACCACCACAGAGUGAGACAUCAAAAGCCAAUGACUAUCUUUACUUUGAUCCUAAGGCUAGCAAGAAUUCAAAAUCUCAACGCCAACAUAAAGUAGCAUUCCAAGAAGCUAUUGUGUUUGUUGUAGGUGGUGGUAAUUAUCUUGAAUACCAAAACUUGCAAGAAUUAGCUUCACAAAACAAUAGCAAGAAAAAGAUUGUUUAUGGAUCUACAGACAUUUUAUCUCCUCAAGAAUUCUUGGAUCAAUUGGCUACGCUUGGAAGAGAAAGUGCAUUAGCUUAAUUCUCCAGAAAAAAAGAAAUAAACUUAUGCUUUUGAUGAACCAAAGCCCGAGAAUCCCAUCAUUUUGGCCAUUUCAUCAUCAAGUUGUUCUUCAACUUGAUCUUUCUUUUUAUGCUCUUUCUUUUGCUUCUUUUUCUCUCGUCUCUUUUUCUUUUCUUCUUCUUCUUGUUGCUUUAAUGCUGCUAAUCUUUCAUCAAGGUCUAUUUUUAUAGUAAGAUACUAUGAGAGGAUAAAUUACCAACUUACUGUAUUCUUCUUUUUCGGGAUUCUCCUUCUUUCUCUUUAA